GAGUUUGAACCGAGACUCUAAUGACUGCCUAUAAAGACAUUGAUGAGGAAAAAAAGAAGAGCGAAGCGGCUUCGAGUGGUGAGGAUUUUCUUCAGCCACUUUGCCAAGGAUUAGGUAAGCGGACGCGACGCGCCGCACAGACACUGAUGCGAGAUGUGGCUCCAUGUGUUUUGCGUAGCUUGAAGAAGCAUCUUCAACAACCAGAAUUGCGGCAUUACAAUCCGCCUAGUCGGAGAGCCGUCGCGAGGAUUGCGAAAUAAUUUUUCGGGCUUCUGCCAGUCUCCUUCCCCUCUCCGAACAAUGGCGACCGCUUCAAGAAAGUCCUUUGCGCUGCAGCCGCGAAACCACAAUGGGUCUUUCUUUGGCCCCGCCAGCGUUACUCACCGACCGAGCACGAACGACGACCCUCUACAGCCUCUUCGGACAAUGGCAGACCGGGUCGGAAAAGAAGUGGAAAGCUUCGCGGAGCGCGUCGAUCAAUGGUACAGCCAGGAGAAAGGACAGGACGCAAAAAAGCGAUACCAUGCGACUCUGCGGAUGGUGGACCAAUUCAAAGGCUUGGCCGAUUCGACUGUGAAGGAGCUCAGAGAACAAGGCGACGCCGAGAACAGAGGAGAGCUCCGGAAAAGCGUACAACGGCGCAUUAGGACGAUGAUAGAGGAGGAAGCCCCUAUGGCCGGCGAUUUCUCGCAGUCAAUUCAAAGUAACUUGUCUUCGGUCGAAGGAAACUCCAAUUCCUACUCCGCUCGCGUGCAAGAGUUACGACAGUGGGAGACCGAAGCUGCGACUUGGGACCUUGUGCACCUCAUCAUCUCCUUCUACCAUCCCGAACCUGGAUUCGACCGCGAAGCCGACCGGCAAUCGAAGAUCUCCAAGCGUCAUGAACCACUACACCAGUUCACCCCGAAGCCCGAGCUCUGGGACCGCUUCCUGCUAGUAGAUGAUCAGGCUAAGGAGAAGGAACUCGUGCUUCGAUGGCUUGAAAGAACGGCCAGGAACACGGAGAGCGACAUUCAAUCCAUUAUCGAGCAGUUAGGCACAGAAUCCGGGAAAGACACUCAUACGUGGACAAGUGGAUGGACUGACACAAGGGCGAAGAUCAAGCAGGCGAAGCGCCUACAGGGAACAGAGGGACCUCUGGGUUCAAAGGGUUGGAGUUUGAGGACUAGCGACCGUUCGGAAGAACUCAUCACACAACUGGACCCGGACGCUCCUGGGAGACAGAGAAGGGCACUGGAGAAAUCCGACGAAGACUAUGAGCGCGCACUGUGGAUGGUGUGCUAUGAGAUGUUGCGUCGCGGUACGCCCUGGAGGGAAGUCAGUGAGUGGUGCAGAGACAGGAGCGAGGCGUGGCGGGGAAUCAGUAUGGGCGCUGCAGAUGAGUCUCGACCAGAAGGAGGGCCUAGCCUGGCGGGCGAGUCUGUCGGCUACCUGUUUCGUCGCAUGUGCUUCCUUGCCGCGAGGGGUGCUCGAUCGCAUUUCGAAGGCGCCGUAUAUGGACUUCUCAGUGGGGACUAUAAAGCGGUGCAGCGCGUCUGCCGAUCGUGGGAUGACCAUCUUUACGCACAUUACAACGCCCUGUUGCUCUCGAGGUUUGACGACUAUCUGCUCAACCAUCACUCGCGGCGGCUACCACAGAAUAUCACGCAUAAAUUCGUAUUUCAGGAUGCAGUUGCAGACGUUGGCGAUUGGGAAAACUCGCCCGCGUUCAUCAUCAAUCUGCUGAAGCAGCAGAAGGCCACGGCUGCUCUUUCAUUGGCUCCCAUGAAGCUCAUUCAGGGCAGCCUCAUCAGCACAACAGUGGAGGAGCUGCUCUUGAAAGUGGGUGUCGCCAUUGCUAUGCUACAAGAGAAAGACGAUCGGGUUAUGAGCUUGGUCCUUGAGCCGGAAGUUCAACAAGGCGAGUAUGACUUGAAGGAAUCAGUACCCAUGGAAUCACGCACCUUAACAGCAGAAAAGCAUCAUCAAGCUCUGGCUAGGGAUACGCACGCUCUACGGAUACUGGUUCACAUCCUCCUCGUCAUGCAAAAAGGCCUCAAUCUGUUUGACCGCGAAGACUACGCUAAGUGGACAGCGUUCGACAACAUAAUCGUAACCUACAUCGAGCUGCUUCGGCUCACCAAGCGAUUCCAAUUGAUACCGUUGUAUGCCGCGCAGCUUCACGAGGAGAGGACUUACCACUGCCUCUCGCGGGUGGUUUCAGAUAUAAAGAACCCAGAGGAACAGAAUAGCAUCGUCGGUUUGAUGGGCCUGUACGGUAUUGACGCUGCAAAGGUGGUCCAGGACAAUUGGCUCACCAUUGGAAAAUACUUGGAGACGCUUGACGUUCCAGAUAUUGAAUCGCUGGCUCUACUGGAGACGCCAUCCGAAGCCGUUGCCCCGCACUUGUACCUAUGGCCGGGCAAGCGUGUCAAAUCCGAAAUUGGAGGUUUUGACAUCAGCGAGAACGACGAGGCAAUGCUGAGUUCGUUGCGCUGGCACCUCCAUCUGGACAAGUGGGUGGAUGAAUCGUUCAUGGUCUUGCACAGCGGUCUCAUGUUCCUCUUGCGCAAGGGCCGCCUCGGUGCUGCAACUCAGCUGGUCAACGAAGUGAAUCUGGACACCUUGGUGCAAAUCAAGACCAAGAUCCUUUGUGGCUACUCGUUCGACAUCAGGGCUGACGGCGCCGAAGUGCAAGAUAGCCGGCGAAUCGACGCAUUGCGGCAGGAAGAACUAUCUCGAUCAGGCCGCAAUUGGAAGCCAUCGACGAAGAUCCCCACUGCCGAAGAACAUAGGGAAAUUGUCCAAUCCCUAAAGGAGAGCACGCAAUCCUAUUUCGAGCUCACCGAGCUCCUCCGCCUAAUCACCCUUCUCCGCGACUGGCGCGAGGAGGAGGACAAUCUCAUACGGAUCCGCGACUCGGGCGAAACCGGCACCAAAAUCUCCACCAAAAAGGCACGCGAGCUCUUCGAGGAGAUCUCCGCCAUCAUCGACACCCUCCUGGAAACCUUCCUCGAGGCCAUCGACAGCUCGCGCGGCACCGACGGCUGGGAAGUCAAGCGCGUCUACAUUCCCGAGAUCGUACUGGCGUAUAUAUCCGUCGUGCAGCCCGCAGCGUACUUUAAUAGCAAGGAGUAUCUGACCAAGGCGCUAGAUAUUGCCGUGGUGGUUGCGGAUGAACGGAGGGAGUGGAUACAGGAGGCGUUUCUGGCGGCGGGGAGGAUGCAGGAGCUCGUGACCAUGCUGGCGGAGUGUAGUAAGGCUAUGUUGAGGUUGGGCGAGACGGAUGCGAAGUUGAGGAAGGGGGCGGGCAAGCAUGGGCCCAGGGGGGAGACGCUGACGCUUUGGAAUGCGGUUUUGAGGAAGUGACCGUGGUGUCGAGGUCCGGGUAACGAGGGGAAUGGAGAUGGAGGUGUGGGUAUUCGAUUCGGUGCAUGAGGGUUUCGCUGGGGCUUGAGUGCUUCUGAUGGAGAAGGGGAUGGCCGGCCUGAUCGGGCGGAGUGUGGAUUCGCGAUUAAGCGUAAUGGAUACUCUGGGAACGAUUUGCUCAGCGAGCGCCGUGAAGCUCUUAUGCGAUGCAUCCAGGAGACUUCCUAAAUGAUGGGAUUUGAAUUUCAUGCUGCGUGUA